AAUCACUGUGAGGAGUUUGGGAGUUUGGAUGUAUAACGGUAAUGACGUCACGUCAAAAUAUAUGCACGGCCGUGCAAUACCAGUUUACGGAGUCGCCAAAUCGGCACGGGUGUGUGCUAAAUUUAAAUACACAUUACAAGAAAAUAAAGUUAUGGAGGGUAUACACAGGAAGAUAGUAACUGUAAUGCUGAUAUUAGCAUGGGUGUCAAUGGGACUGUACGGAGAAAUUGGUGGCCCGACAAUGUUAGAUCUUCGAAUGUAUUUUAAUGCAAAUGCUGAAGAGGUAGCUCGCGCUGUAUCUGCUAUUGGUAUUGGCAUGUUUCUCGGUGCUUUGAUUGGUGGAUUGUUCGUGGAUAUGCUUGGUACUUGGAAGAUAUUGCUGGUCACUGGUGUUCAGUUGCUUGCUACAGUCACAAUUGUGUCCAUGCCAUUUGUAGGGACAAUUUCAGUUUUAUGGUUCAUGUUCUUUCUACUUGGAACAGCUGGUGGGGUCGUCAAUGUCGCCGGGCAAAGGAUAAUUUUGGAAAUGUGGAAGGAGAAGUCACCUGCCCCCAUGCAUGCUGCGCAUAUGGGUUUUGGAAUAGGCGCACUUGCUGCACCUCUGAUUGCCAAUCCCUUUCUUGCAGUGCUUGAUUUUACCCAUACUAAUGCAACAACAGGAGGAAACGAAAGUAUCCCGAACACAGCGUCUUACGUGAUAAUUGAGGAAACACGUGUACAAACGGCAUAUGUAGCAAUAGGAUUAGUGUCACUGGCGCUAUCAUUACCAUUUUUUGUAUAUCCGUUUGUUAAAUGUUUUCUUAUAAAAGAUAAAGAUAGAAAUCAGUACGUCUCGUUUGAUACGAAUAAAUGUUCAAAAAAAACAAAAUUAAGAAAAUUGAUCGACACAAUAAAUCCAGCAGUGUAUGCUGGCGGUUCUUUAAAAUUCGGUACAUUUGUUUUCAUUGUGAUUGGGUUAUACUUUUUCAACUCGGUCGGCGGUGAACAGCUUUUUGGAAAUUUCAUCAGAACGUUUUCUGUUGAUGAACUCCGUUUUCCCCGAGAUGAAGCUUCAUAUUUGGACACAGUUUACUGGGGCAGUUUUACUGUCGGUCGUUUCAUGGGAGCAGUAUUGUCACACUAUGUACAUAUUAAAACAUUAUUUUUAACCGAUGCAAUAUUGAAUCUCUCUGCAGUGACUUUUCUUAACAUAUUUUCUACAAAGAACAAGUCACUUCUGUGGACUUUUACAGCAGUAGUUGGGUUUUUCGUAGCUCCCAUGUUUCCUGCUGGGAUAUCUUAUGCAAAUACACAGAUUGAAGUCGGGGGAGUUGUUCUUACAUUGAUUGUAUUCAUGACUGGCCUUGGAGAUAUGUUUUAUAUCUGGAUAGAAGGUAUUUUCUAUCAAAAUUAUGGACCAAGAACAGCUCUCUAUGCAAUGCAAGUUUCAGCAAUAUUGGUAUUUGUAAUUACUGUUGUUUUUAUAGCAUUUACAUACAAGAGGAAAGAAAGAUUCAAUGUAGAUAUUGACACUGAACUUAAAGUGAGACCAGAUGAUACUGAAUAUACCCAGUUAGAUCAGAAUUCCGUACAGUCUGAAGAUUGAUGAUUAAACUUUAUAUGUUAUCUUUGUAUAAGAAAUAUUUAGUUGAUUUUUCAUAGACUAUAAUGUCAUUUUUGCUGUUAACUCCUGUAAUUUAAAUUGAUAUGUUUCUGUAUGUUAAAUUGAUAUGUUUCUGUACGUUGUACAUGUCUUAAGUAACAUGCUUGUAAUACAAAAUAACAUAGCUCUUGACUGGUUUGCAUUUACGGAGUUUAUAUGUAAAUUUGGCUUUGUAUAUUGGUAUGGUAGUUUUACUGUUAAGGAGUUUUUUUACAAGACAAAUGCAUUAUGCCAGUCGAUCGCAAUCAAAGUAGUUAUGUUACAAUAUUUUCUACAAAUACAAUUAUUAUAAGCAGAUGUACCUUGUGAGUAAUGAAAUAAAAACAAAAGUACCUGUAAAAGCGGGGAAAUAUACUCCCCAAAGCAAAUUUGUUUGAGGAAACAAAAAACUCUUUUUCUUUCAACUAGGAAACAUGAAAUUUGUCAGAAGAAUCUGUAUUAUUCUAUAUAAUAAAAAUUUGACCAAAA